UAGCCUAGUUGGGAAGGGAAACAACAACAUACUACUACAUUACAUUACGCGCGCGCGCACACACACACACACAACACGCAUACACGGAAGAAGCACACACACAUUUCUUAUUUCUCUUACAUGCUUUAAAGAGCUGGAGACAACCCGAGCUGAAGCUUCGCCUCACUAUGGCGCUGUGGAUGCAGAUUUCCCAGAAGCUCCCAUGUUUAUCCAAUGAGACCGUGCUGGAGCUUUAUCCCACGGAUACAUUUCCUAUAGACAUCAGGCACUAUCUGGCCAACUGGAUUGAGGAGCAGAGAUGGGAGGAAUUUGAUGUGGACAACCUGGAGCAGGAACCGCAGGCUCGCCAGAUCCUGGAGCGAAUGUUGGAUCUUCUCCAGGAAGUGGCGUUUCAAAACCCCAAUGUGGUGGAGAAGGUCAAACUCCAGCACAUUUGCAGGAGCAUGGGCAUGUUUCAGUCACGGCCUUUGGAACUGGUGAGGACAGUAAGAGAUAUUCUGAGGAAAGAGAGGCACUUGCUUCGACAGUUCUUUCCACAAAUGCCUUCGCCAAUGAACGGGACCCCACAGCCCCCGAGAGAAACCAGCAACCACGAUGUGGACAACCUGGUGCUGAAGGUGUUGGAGGUUCAGAGCUGCCGUCAGCAAAUUCACCAGCUCCAGGAAGAUCUCAACUGGGAGAAGCAAGAAAUAGAGCCCAUGCAAGGCCAGAAUGAGAUGGAGGUCAAACCAGCAGAUCCGGUUGCCAAACAGACUCGCAUAACAGAGAUGGAGUGGAAAUAUCGAACCAUCAUGAAGACACGUCUGCAGCUGCUGCAGGAGGCAGUGUGUAAUCUGGAGCAGUGCCAAACUCGUCUCAUUCACCGGAUUAAGUCGUGGCGCUGGGAGCAGCUUCGCUCCACUAUUGGUCGUGGUUUUGAUGAGAAUCUUGUCCCUUUGCAGACAUGGUGCGAACAGUUGCUUGGUGUGAACAGCAAUUUGAGACAGGAGCUGAUGUUGGUCAAAAGGGAGCACGGAAGUGGUGAACACUUUCACAAGUUGGAAGAAAACCUGAAUGUCCUUCUGCAGACUCUCAUCCAAAGCUCGUUGGUGGUGGAGAAGCAGCCCCCUCAGGUGAUCAAGACCCAAUCUAAGUUCUCCAGCACUGUGCGCUAUCUUCUGGGAGAGAAGGUAGCUCCUGGGAAACCGGUGCUCCUGAAGGCACAAAUCAUCACUGAGUCACAGGCCAGAAACUUAGGACAAGGGAUCAUACCAACUGAAAAUGUAGGAGACCUGAUUAAUAGCACCGCCAUCUUAGAACACAAUACAACCAGCAAGAGCACAUGUGCGACUUUCAGGAAUAUGUCCAUCAGGAAGAUCAAGCGUGCCGACAGGAAGGGCUCUGAGUCAGUAACGGAGGAGAAGUUUGCUUUGCUUUUCACUACAGAGAUAACCAUCACAGGCUGUGACAGCCCGUACAGUAUCCAGGUGAUCUCACUUCCUGUUGUCGUCAUCGUACAUGGUAGUCAAGAGAACAAUGCUAUGGCCACCGUCAUUUGGGAUUGUGCAUUCUCUGAACCUAACAGAAUCCCGUUCGUGGUGCCCGAUCGAGUCCCCUGGAGUCAGAUGUCAGAGGCUCUGAGCUGUAAGUUCAUGUCCGAGGUGCAGACCACACUAUCAUUAGACAGAAGCAACUUACACUGCCUCGCUCAGAAGAUCUUUGACAAGCCAGAUGUUUCAGAGGAUUUCAGUAACACACCGGUAUCCUGGGCUCAGUUUAACAAGGAAGUUCUACCUGGACGAAACUUCACCUUCUGGCAAUGGUUCGAGGGAGUGAUCGAUCUGACCAAGAAAUGUCUAAAGGCCUACUGGAGUGACGGACUCAUCCUUGGGUUUAUUGGGAAGCAGCAUCUUCACAUAAUUCUGCAGAACCAACCCAGCGGCACGUUUCUGCUGCGCUUUAGUGAUUCUGAAAUCGGGGGCAUCACCAUCGCUUACGUCGGCCUCAGUGAGACUGGAGGCAGAAAAAUCCAAAACAUCCAACCAUUCACCAAAAAAGACUUGGACUCUGUCGGCCUUGGCGAUCGAAUUCGGGACAUCAACCUGAUUACACAAGUGUAUGCGCGUGCAUCGGGGCGACAUGGAUGUCUAAUGACAAAAAAUGAAGCAUUUAAGAAAUACUAUACAGUUCCGCCUGCACCACACCCGGAUGGAUACCUGCCGUUCAAGCUCACCACUGUGGUGGAUCAGGAGCACGAACCCCCCAUCAUGCCACCUCCGGAGUCAACAAUGCAGGAUCCCAUCUGCAACAUGCCCCAGAAUCCAAUGUUUAAUUUACCAACUCCUGUCCCUCUGAUGGAUCCUACAUUUUCUACGCCGUAUCCAGAAACCCCGAUGAUCGACCAAGAAAUAUAUCCUUCUCCUAUCUACAACAAUAAUAACAUGCAUUUUAUUUACCAACAAUAAAAAAAAAAAAAACACACUGCCGCAAAUAUCAGAUUUGGUAAGUUGGAACCCUUUUUUGUUAUCAGGACACAAGAACAAGGUAACAUGGAUCUGGACGAAUUUUUCCCUGAAUAUCCACAGUUAUGAUACGAAAGACUGCAGCAGAAGCCCCCGCGCAGAGCCCAGAAGCAAAGCAUUAUGUGCAAAAAAACAAAAAACAAACACAAGCUAACUUGCUUUGGGGCAUAGAGUGAAUUAGUAAGCUCCCUGGGGAUGGAACUUGGCUUACAUCUUCGUUGUAUUAAGGAUAUCCAGUGGCCUGCUACACUAAGGAUGUACAGUACUGUGCACACGCUUUUGCCGGAAUAUCUGUGAUGUUUAAGUAAGGGUUUCCUGCAGGCUUAAAGGCACGUUUAAGAUGAAAUUUACAUUCAAAGAGGAAAUAAAUAUUAAAUGAAAAAUGAAUUUGUCUAAACAGUUGCCUGCGGUAAACAUGGAAGUAAAUAAUGCCUGCUUUCUUUUAUCCACACUGGUCAUGUACGUUGUUUACUUGUCUUUCGUACAGUCCGGCCAGUGGUGUGACUUCAAAAUAAAAACUUAUUAAAAAAAAAAAAAAAAAAAAAAGGAAAAAAAUGCUUCGAGUACCUUUAAGCCUGUAAAUGGUGUGAUGAUAUAAACUGAGGACAGUCUUUCUAUGCUUCUUAUUACUUUUGCCUAAUAGGAAGGAAAUUACACAUACUCAGCUUAGCUUGCACUGUUCCUGACACAUGCCAGACUCCCUUAAAGCCACAGUGAGGAGUUUCAUCACUUUCAUAGUGUUUACAAAAAAAAGGGCUCAAGCUGAUUUUAGAUAUUCAUUUGUUUCAUGGAUUUUAUUUUUGGGUUUGUUUAAAUGUAGUCGUUUGGCAGACCAAUCGUGCAAUACACGGACGGAAUCUUUAUAAUUUGACGAUCUAAAAAGUUAAGGACUAAUGCUAGAUAAAAUGUGUGUUGGAGUGACAAAAAGUACUACUGCUACAACUACUACUAAAGAUUUGUGCGUGUUCAACCUUGAUAACACUCAAAAAAUUACCCUUUUUGUAACAGGGUGUACUCAAGCCACAUGUGACCGAAAUACCACAUGGUGCCUUAAUGAUUGAUGUCUCUCUCUCUCUCUCUCUCUCUCUAAUAUUGUGCAAAAAUAUCAGGCAGAUAAAAAUGCUUUACAGAAAAAAUGGUGUAAAGUAUGAAUGCUUUAAAAAAUUAUAUUAGAAGUUAAUCGUUUAUUUCCGAAUUAAAACCAUAUUUAAUGUGACCCUUUAAAAACCACCUCAAUUCUUCUAUGUACCAUUGCGCACAGUUUUUAAAGGAAAAUGGCAGGUGGGUCGUUCCAAACAUCUGGAGAACUAACUAGGGAUGUUCUGUGGAUGUAGGCUGCUUCAAAUCCUUCUGUCUCUUCAUGUAAUCCCUCCAUGUAAUCCCAACAUCUGUCUCUCUAUGUAAUCCCAACAUUGAUGAUGUUAAGGUCUGGGUUCAGUGGGGGCCAAACCAACUCCUCGUUCAUCUCUGCGCUGAAGAUAGCUUUUAAUGUCAUUGGCUGUAUGUUUGGAAUGGGGUGUCCCACUGCAGGAUAAAUUUGGAGCCACUAUUGUGUAUUUGGGCCAAUAACUCCUUGCGGGACAAAUGUCUGUCUGUAUUUCUCAGCAUUGAGGACACCAUUAAACCUGACCAAAACGCCAACUCCAUUUGCAGGCCCAUACUUGCAAGAAAGCUUUUGAAAGCAUUCUUAGCUUACAGCAUUUUUUUUUACUGCUGUCAAAAACUUUUGCACAGUACUGUAUAUACUGUACACAUACACACUGAUCAGCCUCAACAUUGACACCACCAUAGGUGAAUUGAAUAACAUUGAUUAUCGAUUAUAUACCAGUAAACUGGUGGCAGGAUCAGGGGCACUAGACGAGCCCAUUUGGGUCGAUCCUAUGGAAAAGCCAAUGCAGCACAAAAUAAGUCAAUGCUGGCCAUGAUAAAAAGGCACGAGAAAACCCAGACGCCACAUCACACGCCCCAAGUGCCCUGUGGAGCCGUGCUGCGAAGGGCCAGAGCCAAAAGAGGAACCAAAACCUGGGUGGUUGUCAUGUUUUGGCUGAUCAAUAUGUAUGUGUAUGUGUGUAUGUAUGUAUGUAUGUAUGUAUGUAUGUAUGUAUGUUUGUACACACACACACACACACACACACACACAGCAGUACCACCACCUUUGGUGUGUUAUAUUUGAUGCACAAUUACUCAAACAAGUCCUGUGAUCCAGUCUCACUUUAAUGCUCCUGUGAGUGUUUAUCAAGAACAACAAGCACACGCUAAAAUCAUUUGGUCAACAAUUCUUAGAUCAGCCGCAAUAAGAAUACUAACUACACACACAGUCGAUUCCGUUCUAAGUAAACCAAGGCACACAAAGCAGAAAUACAAAUCUGUUCAGUCUCUGAAUAUUCUAAAAGUCAGGGUUGGUCUUCCACUUAUCUAAUAGAAAAUUUCCUGACUGUGGCUUUAAGCGAGCAUUCAUUCCUUUCAUGCCACUUCCUCUUUGGCACGGUUGUGCCAUGUCCGUAAAAGGGCUUUUGUUGUGAGACCGGCUAAGCAGCUUGAUUCCUAAAGCUAUUUAGACUAGAGUAGAGUAGGUACCUACAGUAGUAACACUGAUCUUGGUGCUCCUGGAAUGACUCCUACCCCAGUAAGGUGGAUGAUUUUCUGGAGGUCUGGGAAAUCCCUUCAGAUGUCUGGAAAACAAACAGAAAUGAUGAAAAUUUGGUGUGAGGAAAAAUAUAUAUAUUUUACCAUUUAGAAAUGUUUCAUUCGGGGUGUUUUCCAUCCUUGCCUUUGUGUCUCGUCUGAAGAGGACAUUCUGACUUGAGCCCAGUCCCCACUUUUGGUGAAACAAGUGAAAACACUCAUCGCCACAGGAGACAUCGCCUCACUGUCACAUAAGAAAUACGAAAGAAAAUACAGGGGACCUCCGGCUCAUACAUAUCUAUAGCUUCACCUAAAUAAGGAAAUAAAGUCAUAACCCUUGCAGGCACACAUGGGGUCAAACCUCAGUAAGACUUACGAUCUUAGCAUAGUCACAAUUUCGUAAUUUCUGGUGAUCUGUAGGAAUUGAU